UCGGUCAAACCACUGUUGUUCCAACACAGCCAAAUAAUAAACACUCGUGAAAUCAUGAUUUCUUUAAAAUAUUCGAUUUUGUCAAAACUGCGACCAAUUUUUCCACGCCUGCGAAGUAUUUCCCGAUUUUCCACCAUUUCGAGCGAGUUUAUACCCGAGCGGAAGUUUAAUUCGGUUAAAAAACUAGCCUACGAAAAUCCGAAGAGAAAUCGCGUCAAGUUAUCCGAUUUGAAUCGCGGCACCAUCCCAUCCUACACUUUCCCUGAAUUUACUAUCAAAUAUGACGCCAAAGAUGUUGUGAAUUACGCCAAAUCAACGAUUCAAGUUGGAUCCGAAGAGAAGGAAUUGACUGAUGUGAACGAUUCGAAAUUUGGUGUCCUUCCCAUCUUCAUGCUUCCAGUGAUUAGCAAAAUGAUGAAGGAUAUGAGCCUCCAAACAUGCCCGGAUUGUCUGGAUUUUAGCAAGAUUGUCCUGGCCGAAAUUUAUUUGGAGGUGUAUCGGCCGUUUUCGAAAUCAGGGGAAUUUAGGGUGCAGCCAAAACUGGAGGAAUUUGUGGAUAGGGGGACACAUGAUAUGGCUUAUCAUCAUUAUUUCGGCAAGGAUGGAAAUUCGUCACCGCUAUUUUUCGCUCAAAUUUGCACCAUCGAGCUAGGCCAGGGAGGAAAGGGAGGAUCUCGCACCUCGGAAAAGGGUGCCUAUGCCGCGCCAUCAAUUAUGACGCCCCCGGAAGGAAGGCCGGAUGCUAUCGUGCCCUUUAAAACGGUUGAAAUGCCGCCAAACUUUAGUUUUGAAUUUACAGAGAACGAGCUGAAGAGAGACAUAUUUGAGUUUCACAAUCCCAGCCAGCAUUACGGACCAAAGCCCGCCUUUUCUGAGAAACCAAACUUGCACGGACGGUAUUAUUGGGCGUCGGCGGUGCAUUUAAUGCUCAAGCAAUUUGCAGCGGGAGACCUUACCAGAUUUAAGUGUUCCAGGGUCCGAUUCACAAGUGUGGUGCAUCCUGGAGACACACUGGAAAUUCGGGCGUGGCAUCGCGAACCCAGAAUAUUCUUUGAAGCUGUUAACCUCAACACGGGCAAAUUGGCUAUGAAAGGAGGAUUUGUCGACCUAAUUCCAUGCCAUCCAGAGCAAUAAGAUGAAUGUUAAAAUUACACGAAGUCAAAUCGGAGUUCAAAAAGUUAAAACUAAAUAAUCGUUAAAAUAUUUGCCUAAAUUUUUGUGUACGCAAAUAAAUUCAUUAAUAUAAU